GUAGGACCUGCAGCUGCAUAAAUUGAGUGGCUGUGAGAAGUAGUGGACAGAAAGAACGCAAACAAGAUCCAGCAAAGAUGAUGAUGAUGAUGAUGAUGAAGAACCCCGUCGUCCUGGUGAUCUGCACCUUGCUUCUCUCCUCCCUUGUUGUGGCAUCUCAGUCCAGCUUCAGCCCGAACGAGUGCUGCUUUCAGUUCAGGGCCGACAGGCUGCCCAAGAAAAACGUGAUGAGCUACAAGUACACAGACAACCGGUGUCCGAUGGCAGGUCUGCUCUUUACAAUGAGCACUAGAAAUACAAUCUGUGUUGACCCAAAGACAAAAUGGGUCCAGGUCAUUGUCAACGCCAUAGACAGAGUCAAGGCUAAAGCAGCGGCCUCCGCCACCUCUAAGAGACCAGAGUAAACCAAGGCUCUGUUCAACAACGCACCGCGUGAAGCUGAGGAGAGAACAAGUCGCCGAGUAGUGAAAACAUGUCCUGAUUGUGACUGCACCUCGAUAUUAUACUUUCUGACUCUCUUCGUUUCUCUCUGUCUUAUAAACUGCUGAUAAAAAAAUAAACCACUGAACUUUAUUUCAUGCCCAUUCGCUCUGUAAGCCAGACAUUAAACAGAUGGUUUCGUA